CUCGUCUGAGUAAUCAAUCCAUAUUUAACUCUCAAUCUACGUUACAAGACUACUACAUAUCUCUCGCCCACCAUGCAAAUUUUUGUCAAAACCCUCACCGGUAAGACAAUCACCUUAGAGGUCGAAUCCUCCGAUACAAUCGACAAUGUCAAGUCGAAAAUUCAGGACAAGGAGGGUAUUCCUCCUGACCAACAACGUCUGAUCUUCGCUGGAAAGCAAUUGGAAGAUGGACGUACCCUCUCCGACUACAACAUUCAGAAAGAAUCGACUCUUCACCUUGUCCUUCGUCUUCGUGGAGGUAUGCAAAUCUUCGUCAAGACACUUACUGGCAAGACCAUCACCCUUGAGGUCGAAUCUUCCGACACCAUUGACAAUGUCAAGUCGAAAAUCCAAGACAAGGAAGGUAUUCCUCCCGAUCAACAACGUCUUAUCUUUGCCGGGAAGCAGUUGGAAGAUGGCAGGACUCUCUCAGACUACAACAUCCAGAAGGAGUCCACCCUCCACCUCGUCCUUCGUCUCCGUGGUGGUAUGCAGAUCUUCGUGAAGACUUUGACCGGUAAAACUAUCACUCUUGAAGUCGAGUCAUCCGACACCAUCGACAAUGUCAAGUCGAAGAUCCAGGACAAAGAGGGGAUCCCACCUGAUCAGCAACGUCUCAUCUUCGCCGGUAAACAGCUCGAGGACGGUCGAACUCUUUCAGACUACAACAUUCAGAAGGAAUCCACCCUCCAUUUGGUUCUGCGUCUCCGUGGUGGUAUGCAGAUCUUUGUCAAGACUUUGACCGGCAAAACCAUCACCCUCGAAGUCGAGUCAUCUGAUACCAUCGACAAUGUGAAGAGCAAAAUUCAGGACAAAGAGGGUAUUCCCCCUGAUCAGCAACGACUUAUCUUCGCCGGAAAGCAACUUGAGGAUGGCCGAACCUUGUCAGAUUACAACAUUCAGAAGGAGUCGACUCUUCACCUUGUCUUGCGUCUCCGUGGUGGUAUGCAAAUCUUCGUUAAGACUCUUACUGGGAAGACGAUCACUCUUGAGGUUGAAUCGUCGGACACGAUUGACAAUGUUAAAUCUAAAAUUCAGGACAAAGAAGGUAUUCCUCCUGACCAACAACGUUUGAUCUUCGCCGGCAAGCAACUGGAAGACGGCAGAACCCUGUCUGAUUACAAUAUUCAGAAGGAAUCAACACUUCAUCUUGUUUUGAGGCUGCGUGGAGGGAUGCAGAUUUUUGUUAAAACCCUCACCGGAAAGACAAUCACGCUCGAGGUAGAGUCUUCUGACACGAUCGACAAUGUCAAAUCGAAGAUUCAGGACAAAGAGGGUAUUCCCCCGGACCAGCAACGACUCAUCUUCGCGGGGAAGCAGCUGGAGGACGGUAGGACGCUGAGCGACUAUAACAUUCAGAAAGAAUCUACUCUUCACCUGGUGUUGCGUCUGCGUGGAGGGCAAUAGAUGUAUGAGAGAUGAAGUAGAAAUAUGAUCUUAGUUGUGAUAUGAAUCGUGGUUUCCUGGCUCA